AUGAGCUUGUCAGGUGUUGCUUUGGUUACGGGCGCGGGUGGUGCUAUCGGGAGGGCUGUAGUACUUGGAUAUGCUCGACACGGGGUGACGAGGAUCGCUGGACUGGACCUUGACAGUAAUUGUCUCCAAGAAACUGCAUCGACACUCGCAUCUUCCUAUCCGGGAGUGCAAUUUCUUCCAAUCGUGGCAGACCUGGCGUCCGAGGAACAAGUGGCCGAGGCCAUUGCGCGAGUGGUCGCCGAAUACGGUGCCAUACACUACGCCGCCAACAACGCCGGGAUUGGGCGGCCGUACGGACUCACCCACGAGACCGACACGGCCGACUUUGAUCGAGUUAUGAGUGUGAACGUCAAAGGGGUUUUCCUGUGCGAGAAGUACGAACUACAACAGAUGGUGAAGCAGGACGCGCGACGAGUGAAUCCUUUGGUCCCGUCUGCCUUGGAACGCGGCUCAAUCGUCAACACGGCGUCGACAUUGGGCCUCCGGGCAAUGCCCUCGCUGAGUGCAUACAACACGUCCAAGCACGCCGUCUUGGGCUUGACGAGGACAGACGCCGUCGACUACGCGCAACGAGGAAUUCGUGUCAACGCGGUAUGCCCGGGGUUCGUCGACACCCCUCUACUGCUCGAAUCGACCAAGCGAGCACUGGCGUGCACGAUCGCAAGGAUCCCACAAGCACGCUUGGCCAGUCCGGACGAGGUGGCCGACACUAUAUGUUUCCUGAGUGGUGGCACCGCUUCUCACAUCAACGGAGUUGCUUUACCAGUUGAUGGAGGCUUUACAGUCACGUAG